AUGCCUUUCGCAGUGACAUUCCCCGAUGGCUACGGCUACGUCGUCUUCGUCGCCCUUGGCUUGACUCCUCUACUUGCCUGGGUUCAAGGCUCCGUGGUCGGACCGCUGAGAAAGGCUGCGGGCGUACCAUAUCCCAACAUGUACGCGACACCCCAACAAGUCAAGGAAAGCCGUGAUGCCUACAAAUUCAACUGCGCCCAGCGAGCCCAUGGCAAUCUCUUGGAAAACAUGCCCCAGACAAUGCUCUACAUGCUCUUCGCAGGCUUGGAAUAUCCCAAAGCCACCUUCGCGGUCGGGACAGCUUGGCUGAUCUGCCGGGCAAUCUUUGCCUACGGGUACAUUACGAGCGAGAAGCCGGAUGGGAAAGGAAGGUUGUAUGGUUCAGGAUACCUUCUCAUGCAAGGAGCGCUGUGGGGGAUGUGUGGCGCCCUGGCUUUGAAGAUGCUGUGA